UGGGAGUACUGGCGGCGAAUCCGAUCCCAGCCGUCGUGCUCCUCCUCUCUUUACUCGCGGUGGCGGUGGGUACUCCGGUCUCCACCAGACUUAAAACCUUCACUAUUCCGUACGAUGACUUCUACACCUCCAACUCAACCACCGAGAAACUGUACUUCAGUGAUUCGACGCUAGCCAGCGGCGCCCUCCAUGUCACGCUGGAGUCGCCCGAUCCCGCCCAACCCACCAACCAAUCCGGUCGAAUUUUAUACCCCAAGUCUUUCAAGCUAUGGGAAGACCGGAACGACACUUACUCUGACCGAGUGGCGUCGUUUAACACCUCGUUCCUCGUGAACCUCGGCCAAAUGAUCGGUUUUCCCACCGCUGGUGAAGGCCUGACGUUCGUGGUGGCGCCGGGCCUCAAUCACCCGCCGAAUAGCUUCGGUGGGUACUUGGGUCUGACUAAUUCCACCACCGACGGCAACGUUUCGAACCAGAUUAUUGCAAUCGAGCUCGACACAUUUCAAGAAUAUUUCGACCCGGACUCGAACCACGUUGGACUUAAUAUAAACUCCGUCGUAUCUAAGAACACCACCUCGUUGACCCCACUCGGGUUUGUGCUGGUUCCGCUCAAUGGAUCGCACCAUUACUUCAACGUAUGGGUCCAGUACGACGGAAUAAAAAAGUUCAUCGCGGUUUACAUGGCUCAACAAGCAAACCCAACGGAUCCGACACCCCCCAGACCCGCUAACCCGAUUCUUACGUCAUAUCUGGAGCUUAGAGGGGUCGUGAAUCAGAACUCGUAUUUCGGGUUUUCGGCAUCAACAGGUAGCUCACCAGAACUCAACAGAGUUUUACGGUGGAACUUGACAGUGGAGUACUACUACGAGGUAAAUUGGGUGAAGAUUGGCGUCAGAUUCGGGAUACCCACGGUGGUACUUUUAGUGGUGUCGCUGUUUUUGGUAUACUACUUACGAAAGGAGUUCUUAUCACUACGGUCGUAUCAGAAAAUGUUGGAAAAGGUGAAGGGAAUGUCCGGGAUGCCAAAGGAGUAUCAGUACAAAGAUUUGCAGAAGGCUACAAACAAUUUUGCGAUGAAGUUGGGACAAGGUGGGUAUGCAGAGGUUUACAAGGGGGUAUUGACGAAUCAGAAGGAUCUGGAGGGGGAAUUGCCGAAUCAGAAGUAUUUGGAGGUUGCAGUGAAGAUGUUUUCUAGAAAGAGUUCGGAGGGUCAGGAAGUUGAUUUCCUUGAAGAGCUUGAAAUCAUCAAUCAAGUCAGGCACAAAAACCUUGUCCGAUUACUGGGAUGGUGUUACAGUCACAAGCACAAAAAGCUGCUGUUAGUUUACGAGUACAUGCCGAAAGGCAGCCUCGACAAACACCUCUUCGGCGAUGCCAACAGCACGCCAUUGAGCUGGGAUCUCCGCUGCAAGAUCAUCACCGAGGUAGCCUCCGCCCUCCUCUACCUCCACAACCACUACAAUAAGAGGGUGGUCCACCGCGACAUCAAGGCCAGUAACAUCAUGCUUGACGCCGACUUCAAUGCCAAGCUAGGAGACUUUGGCCUUGCACAGGCCCUAGACCACGAGAAAACCUCGUACAUACAAUCCAAGGGCAUUGCGGGAACAUUUGGGUACAUGGCCCCCGAAUACGUGCGAGAGGGCAGGGCCACCGAGCAGUCUGAUGUAUAUGCUUUUGGUGCAGUUCUGUUGGAAGUGGUUUGUGGUUGUAAGCCCCUCACCCAAAUUGGCACAUACUCGUCGUUAGUAGAUUGGGUUCGGGCCUUGCAUCACGAAGACAAGUUACUUGAGGCGGUCGACAAUAAGCUCAGGCAGGACAAUAUUUUCAGGGAUGACAAAGUUGUGAAGGAGGUCGAAAGAUUUUUGCUUCUGGGCCUUGCCUGUUCUCAUCCUACAGAGAGUGAAAGGCCCAACACUCAAGAAAUUGUUAAGAUGCUAUCGGGCCUGAUGCCUGUGCUCUACGUGCCGCCGCCUUAUGAGUCGCCGUGUGUGCCCAUUAGGGAGGAAGACAUCAGUCAGGCCACUACCACCAACACGACACCCUUUAUGACCGCGCAUUGUGAAUCAAGUUCGACGCCACUGGCCAUCUGACACCGGAGUUCCCAAAAUAAAUCAAGUUCUGCCAGCAAGAUGUCUUUUGAGCUUCUUUAAAAUCUGUUAAGUCCUUUUAAAGUUUCUAAGUGUUUUUUUUUUUAAGUUUUAAGAGUUAAACACAUCUUUCAAUUAGCCUAUGGUCAAGUCUUUUUUAAUUUUUUUAUUGAAAAUCUAAGUUUAUUUUUUCUAUGUUAGAGGGAUGUUCCAACAAGUCCUAUUUAUAUCCUUUCUUAUGAAUGAAAUCAUGAGAGUGUGUAUGAAAUCA